AUGCUGACAGCCUAUGUUCAGAAAGCAACUGGGCUCCCAGUAGCAGAUUCAAAUGGUUAUUCAGAUCCGUUUUGCAUGCUUUAUGGCGUUGUUGGUAGUUAUUUUUAUCAGUUUGGAGAAACAAAAAUCAUAGAAAGAAACUUAAAUCCUGUAUGGGAUGAGAACUGCCAAAUUCCAUUUCAUAUAUCCUUCGCUAGGAUCUCAAAAUUAAGAGUUGAUGUUUGGGAUCACGAUACUUUGUCUUCUAACGACUUUUUAGGAUAUGCUGAAAUAGAAAUAGAUCCGUCUAAGUUCGGACAAUCAAUUGAAUAUCCUCUUAUUACAAAAAAUGCAAAUCGUGUUUCGAAAAUUACAAUAACAAUCAAAUUCGACAACAACGCAAUAACAGAAGAAAAGAAAUCGGAGACUGACCAGUCUUAUGUUACAUACCUUUCAUAUUCUCCACCAAUUUCACAAAAUCAAUCAGUAAAUCUUCGUUUUUAUUCAUAUGACAUAGAAAAAGGAGUUGUCUUGGCUCUUCCAGGCUACGGAACUAUAGAAGAGACAGGGUUCGAGCUGGACAUCAAAGCAACUCAUUACGGACCAACAGGAUUCACGAAUGUCGCGACAAUUUUUCCGAAAAAAGAAAACGUUUCGAAAUACAUACUUCCUAUAUGCGUAAACAAAGGCUACAGAGGCAUCAUCACUCUAAACAUCUGUAGUUGCGUGAAAAUGCCUAAAACUUCUGAAGAUAAUAAAAAUAUCAGAAUUUGUAUGUCUCCUGAGCAACAAAUUAUCAAAGUUUUCCGUAAAUUAUCGGUUUACGUUGUAAACGAUGGCACUUUUUGCUUCGGAGGAAUUUUAGAUAUUUCAGACAACAAAUCUCUCAAUGUAAACUGUUUAAUUCUCAACCAGAAGCUCCAAGAACUACUUAAGGUCGUAAAUACUACUCCAAUUCCUCAGAUUACGCAACUUUUAUACGGAUCUCCGUUUUGUAAAUUUUUCGGACUCGAAUCAGCAUUUGUUCAUGAAAUUUACCACAUAAUCGAGUUUGAUCAUUCAAGGUAUGACUCAAUAUUGAAGUUAAUGACCGAAAUUCUCAAGAGAAAAACAAAUGAUAAUUCUCAUAUUGUAAAAUCGCUAAUAGAGUACGGAUUCAUGUAUCCCAAAGACCUAUCGACAUACAACAGCAGUAUUCUGCACAGAUUGCACUUCUUACGUGCACUUUUGGAAAAUGAAGCGAUAGAUCCAAAAGAAAUUGUAAGUUACGUCGAGAAUCUUGAUAUAAGGUAUUCAUGGAUAUCAAGCUUCUACUCUGUAAUGUUCUUUGCCCCAGAAAUCGAGCAAAUCAACAAAAAAUUCUUUGACGACUGCAUUUCUGCCUUCAAAGUUUACUUCGGCAGCGGCCACGGCGAAGGCGCGAUCAAAGAAUUCCUUUCCAUCCUCAACGUAAUGAAAGCCGAUAAUUGGUCGCAAUUAAAAUCCUUAUUAAAGUUCGGAUACGCACCAAACACCAUUAUGGCCUCAAUAAUCAACGGAAAACUCGAGUCCGAUCAAGUUCUGAACCACGAAAACAUCGAUUCCUUCAUAAAUAUCUCCAUUUUCGACAGAAUUCGUGGUUUUUCACAAAAAGUGACACCUUUGGCAUAUUCACUUUAUUACAAUUGUAUCGAGAGUACCAAAUACAUUUUAACGCUCAAACCAAUGUUGAGUGCCACAGGAGUACGUAAUUAUUCCGAUUACGCGAUCAGAGGCGGAAGUUCCGAAAUUAUUGAACAAAUAAUUCCACUGAAAAUCAUCCAAAACGGGUCCUUAAAGACGGCAAUAGAGUUCCAUAACACUCUUCUCUAUGAAAAGAUCACUUUGUCGCUUGGAAUCAAGAAGAUUCAAACUUUAGAAACGUUAAAAACGUCAAUUUCAUGUGGAAACAUUGAAAUCUUCAACAGAUUCUCAGCACAGAUCUCAGUUCUUGCUGGCGACAACCUAGAGACAGAAUAUAUCAACUCUGUUACAUCAGGACACAUCAAUUCUGUCAUCGGAUUGAUUUAUCAUUUCGGAGUUUCUCCAACAGCAUUCGGACCACGUGGUUUGAUGCCUCUUCAGAUUGCUGUUACCAAUGGAGAUGUCGGAAUGGUUAAACAGCUUCUUUCGUUCCUUGAAGUUCUUCCUUGCGCGAUUUCGGAAGAUGGAAAUGUUCCAAUUAUGUCGGCCAUUGAAUCACGAAACAGUUUCCUUGUUUCUUCUAUUUCUUUUUCUCCUGUUUUAGAUCCGAAUUUUUCUAUCAAUGGAAAAACUCCUCUUAUGCUUGCAUCUGAAAUCGGAAAUGUUAAAUGUGUUGAAGCAAUUCUUAAUUCGCCUUCUUUCACGGCAAAUCCAUAUUAUUACUUGGACAAGAAAAACAAAGAAGGAGAAACUGCUCUUUUCAUUGCAUCAAAGAUUGGAUUUUCUAAAAUUGUCGAAAUUCUUUUGAAGUCAGGGUGCAGCAAAGAUAUCGAAAAUAACAGUGGAAAGAAACCAAUUGACAUUGCAAAGAACAAAGAUGUCAUUGAAUUACUUAAAUAG